AGUUCUAUAAUCCCCGGAUAAGUACUUUUUUGAAAUACCCAGCCUCAGGGGAAUCUUCAUUCAUUCAUGAGAGACACGCAGAGAGAGGCAGAGACACAGGCAGAGGGAGAAGCAGGCUCCUGCAGGGAACCUGAUGUGGGGACUCGAUCCCAGGACCCCAGGAUCGUGACCUGAGCUGGAGGAAGACGCUCAACCACUGAGCCACCUAGGCAUCCCACCUCAGGAGACCUUACACCCCAAUAUGUAGAAACUCUCCGUGUGUCUGCUUGGACCCUUUGUCACAAGGAACAAUGCUGCCCUGGUGGGAACUGUCUUUUUACCUGUGCGCUUCACUAGGCUUCCACCUCUAUUCUUUCUAUGAAGUUUACAAAGCUUCCAGAGAACAUGAAGAGGAGCUGGACCGACAGUUUGACCUGGAGAUUGGCACUUUAUUUGGAGGAUUAAAGAAGGACCCAAAUGACUUCGAAUGGAGCUUCUGGAUGGAAUGGGGAAAACAGCGGCUGGUGCGGUUUCUGUUUGGCCACGUGGUUGUGUCUCAGAUGGCCAAUGUGCUUGCAAGAAAGCACAGACCCUGGAUCCUGGGGGCUUAUGGAAUGUGGGCCUCCUGGUGUGUGCUGGGGGCCCACGGCACGGCCAUUAUUUUUCUCCACACCCUCAUCUCCUUCUGUGUAGCCCAGCUCCGGUCACUGGCCCUCACAUGGCUCUGUUCUCUCUUCCUGCUCUCCACACUGAGGCUGCAAGAUGUGGAGGAAGUUAAGAGAGGGUGGUACCAGACAGAAAAUGAGUACUACUUACUGCAGUUCACGUUGACCGUGCGUUGCCUGUACUACACCAGCUUCAGCCUUGAGUUCUGCUGGCAGCAGAUGCCGAACGGGCACAGCUUCUACUCCUUUCCCUGGCUGGUGGCCUAUGUCUUCUAUUACCCCGUCUUCCACAACGGGCCUAUCCUCAGCUUCCCGGAGUUCAUCGCAAAGGUGCAGCAGCAAGAGUACUGCUCGCUGAAGUCCAACCUUUCCGCCUUUGCCGUGGGGCUGGGUCGCCUCCUCUGCUAUUGGUGGUUGGCGGAGCUGAUGGUUCACCUCAUGUACAUGCACGCCAUCUACAGCAGUGCCUCUCUCCUGAAGGCUGUCUCUUGUUGGACCUUAGGAGGACUGGCAUUGGCCCACGUGCUCUUUUUCUACCUGAAGUACUUGGUGCUCUUUGGUGUCCCAGCUCUGCUCAUGCGCCUGGAUGGACUCACGCCGCCACCCCUCCCUCGCUGUGUGAGCACCAUGUUCAGUUUCACGGGCAUGUGGAGGUAUUUUGAUGUUGGACUGCAUGAUUUCUUAAUCAGGUAUGUGUACAUUCCGGUAGGCGGGUCCCAGCAUGGCCUGCUGGGGACACUGUUUUCCACCGCUGUGACGUUUGCAUUUGUGAGCUUCUGGCAUGGUGGCUAUGACUACCUCUGGUGCUGGGCAGCACUCAACUGGCUGGGAGUCACCGUGGAGAAUGUAGUCCAGAGGCUUGUGCGAACCCCGUGCAUCCAGGACAGCGUGAUUCAGUUCCUCUCCCCACAAGCCCGCCGUCGAUUCCACGCGGCCCUCGCAUCUUGUUCCACCUCCAUGCUGAUCUUGUCCAACCUGGUGUUUCUCGGGGGCAGUCAAGUUGGGAAAAUCUACUGGAACAGGAUCUUCAUACAAGGCUGGCCAUAUGUGACGCUCUCUGUCCUGGGAUUCCUGUACUGCUACUCCCAUGUGGGCAUUGCCUGGUCCCAGACAUACUCAGUGGAUUAAUGCUGCCCGGCCCAUGGCAGCCCUUCCUGCUGGCCUUCAAGGCAAAUGGUGCUUCACCCUGACCUCGCAUACCAAGAUAACCUCCAAGGAACCACUGUUUGAUCUGCUCAUCUUUUAUUGAAGUUACCUCACUCCAAGAGUGGGAGCUUGAGCUCUCAUAGAAAAUUGACAACCAGAGAGUCUUCUAACUUUGGGAACCCAGAGUUCAUCCCCCUCAGCCCUGUCAUUCUCCUGUUGAGUAUCUUACCCAGCUGCACAUGAUGACAGUGUGGUCUAGAACCCAGUCCUAUAGGCCCUUGGGGUUUCUUCUACUUUACCAAGAAUUAAAUACAAUAGACAUUUCUCAAUUGGAGUGCAGAAGUCUUGAUUAGUGAUAAGGCCUGUCCUCCACUGGGCAUAUUUCUGAAACAUUUUGGUAACAUUUAAGUGACCUCUUCCCUAUGUCCUACAAUGUGGUCUCUAGAACCAGCACUGGGGUCUAAGCUUCACACUUUAGCUCCCCAACAGGGAAGGGACAAAGCCACAGUCGAGUUUCUCAUUACCCAGUUAAAGAAGAUCCAACAUAUCCUAUAGUGUUCCAAGGGGUCAGUGGCUAAGGAGAUCUGUUACUGGAACACCACCAUGGUGAUCCACAUUUGGAUGCUCGUUCCCUAGAUUUGCCGAGAAGUAUAAACACGCCAGUUCCUCUGCCAGCCAGUUAAUCGUCAUUUCCCAAUAAAGAAGCAGAAUUAAGGAACAGGGCAUAGCACGUCCACAGACAGGUGUUAUCAGGCAAGUGACAAAGGGUAAGGAUGGUUUCCUGCGGUCUUUUUUCCUUUCCAUUGAAGUAAGUCCCAGCAGCCGACUUCCUGCUCAGUGAUUUACACUCAGUGGUUUACAUUGUUUUGUUUCAAAUAAAAUGUCACACUGGUAAUUCA